AUGGAUACGGAACAAUUUCGAAAGCACGGCAAGGAGAUGGUGGACUAUAUAUGUGAAUAUUUAGAGACAAUUAAACAUAGAAGAGUAACACCAACAGUAAACCCGGGCUGGUUAAAAAAUAAAAUUCCGCUGGAAGCACCUGUACAACCAGAAUCAUUUGAUACGAUAAUGGAAGAUGUUGAAAACAUAAUUAUGCCAGGAGUAACUCAUUGGCAACAUCCAAGAUUUCACGCUUAUUUUCCCUCUGGUAAUUCAUUUCCUUCAAUUUUAGCAGACAUGCUAUCUGAUUCCAUAGCAUGUAUAGGUUUUUCAUGGGCCGCAAGUCCUUCGUGUACAGAAUUGGAAACUAUAGUUUUGGAUUGGCUCGGUAAAGCCAUAGGAUUACCCGAAGAGUUUUUAACAUUUUCAGAAGAAACAUCAAAAACUAUUGAUUCUGUGAGAAAUGAUGAUAGUGAAACCGAAAUACAUAACGGUAAAGGCGGUGGGGUACUUCAGAGUUCAGCGAGUGAGUGCAUAUUUGUUUGUAUGCUAGCAGCUCGAGCUCAAGCAAUUAAACGAUUACGGAAACUUCACCCAUUUGUCGAAGAAGGUGUGCUUCUAUCCAAACUGAUGGCUUACUGUUCUAAAGAAUCGCACUCGUGCGUAGAAAAAGGCGCUAUGAUGGCAUUUGUUAAACUACGUAUUCUCGAACCUGAUGAAAAUAACAGUUUGAGAGGUGCUACGUUAAGACAAGUGAUGGAACAAGACGAGGCAAUGGGAUUGAUACCAUUUUUCGUAUCCACUACAUUAGGAACAACGUCAUGUUGUUCAUUUGACAAUAUAACCGAAAUUGGUCAAGUAUGUCAGCAUUUUGAAACCGUUUGGCUACACGUUGAUGCUGCUUAUGCUGGAAGUGCAUUCAUUUGUCCGGAGUUUCGAUGUUUAAUGAAUGGUGUACAAUAUGCAGAUUCUUUUAAUCUCAACACAAACAAGUGGUUGUUAACAAAUUUUGAUUGUUCAUGUCUUUGGGUAAAAGAUCGGUUUAAAUUAACUUGUGCUUUGGUGGUCGAUCCUCUCUAUUUACAACAUGGCUAUGCUGGUGCUGUAGAUUAUAGACACUGGGGUAUACCAUUGAGUAGACGUUUCAGAUCGCUGAAGCUUUGGUUUGUGCUGCGCACAUAUGGAAUUUCUGGACUUCAGAAAUAUAUUAGACACCAUUGUCAACUAGCAAAACGUUUUGAAAGAUUGGUCAGGAGUGAUAAUAAGUAUGAAGUUUUAAAUGAUGUAAAGAUGGGGUUAGUUUGUUUUCGUUUGAAAGACGAUCCGACCAACAAACUUAAUAAAAAGCUCUUAGAAACCAUUAACGAAUCAGGAAAACUUCACAUGGUGCCAUCAUUAGUACACGACAAGUAUGUCAUUAGGUUUUGUGUAGUGGCAGAACAUGCUACAGAAGAUGAUAUCGAUUACGCUUGGAAAAUUAUUAAGGAAACGGCAGUAACAGUUUUGUACAAUGAACAAGAACUCACGGAAAAACGAGAAGAGCAAGUGGAUGAAGUAUUUGAGUUAUCAGAACGUAAGAAGAAAGAUGAUUUGGCCUAUAGGAGAUCAUUCUUUGUACGAAUGGUUAGUGAUCCAAAAAUAUAUAAUCCAAUAAUUGCUCGAUCAUCCCCUGGAUCUCGCAGACAUACUCAUUUAAGUUCAAUGGACGAUGAUAUCCAUGAUCCAUUAUCCACUUCUACAAGUGAUACAGAAGACACAAUGACACAACCAGCGAGUUCAUGGAUAAGUUGGCCAUUAGCAUUCUUAUUUCAAGGAGUGUUUGAUGAUAAAGAAGGCAGUAAUGAUGUUCCUGUAAGAUUUAGACACUUGGCGACUAAAAUGCACUUUAAAUCAAAAAGCAAAUCACCAGAACACUUGGCCACAGAAGAAAACAAAUCACGACGUAAUUCUCCAGUAUUUCCAAGAAAAUCUAGUUAUGUUAAAACUGAAAACGAAAGUAACAUGCAAAAAUAA